AUGGCUCUCUACGUUGCCAGCAUCUGCAGCGCUUUGGUACUCGCAAAUCUCCUUACAUCUUCCUUGUGCAUUGCCAUUGAUGCAUCUUUAUCUAGCACAAAGGUACUAGACGCCAUUGUUAUCCCUAACUCCGACAAUGUCCGUGGCUAUCUGCAUCUCCCAACCGAACUACCGGCGUACCCAGGUCUAAACAUACAUUGGAAAUCGUCGCAUCCAGCUGUGGUGUCCGAUAAGCCUCGUGGUAGAAUUGCUGCGGGUGUCGUCAAGCGGCCGGCCGUCGGCUCUGAUGCUAUCACGGUCCAUUUGAUUGCUUGCCUCAAAUAUGGCGGCUAUCAGCCGCUUUGUCGCCAGCUUCCAGUCACGGUGCAACCAUCCGUUGACGUUGCCCAGUUCUCCCGUUACGCCAUGACAAACUUUGCAAGGUCAAAUUCCAACAUAGGCCAGCAAGUUUACUUUGCAACGAGCGUGGGGAACAAUCCGACGGCCUGGGUAGCCAACAAUGACGGCAAAGCUGUCCUUAACUCUACCAAGGGCAUGCAUGGCACCCGGGAUCCCGUGGUUGUACGCACACCAGAGGGCGACAGGUUCUUUCUCAUUGCAUCUGAUCUCAAUGUUGACGGGGUAGAGUACGGAUGGAAGGACUGGGAUUGGGCUCAAAGUGGUGCGAGUCGCUACAUUGAGGUCUGGGAAUCUGACGACCUGCGUAACUGGUCUCAACAACGCCAUGUCCUCGUGUCGCCGGAGGAAGCUGGGAUGACAUAUGCUCCAGAGGCUAUCUGGGAUCCCGAAAUCGGGGAAUUUGUUGUCUUUUGGACUUCUAGCAUGUACCCAAAAGGGACGCACUACUCCGCUGACAAAAGCGAUCCCAAUGGCCGUUAUCCGUUGACCGGAGGGCAGACAUUGUAUUCAACGACUCGGGAUUUUGUCAACUUUAGCCCUGCAAAAGUGAUGACAGCGCGAACUGGCCACGGAACGCUGGAUCCAGUUAUUAUCCCGGACGGGAAUGCAUACUACCAACGCAUAGUUUCCGACCGCAACUCAACAGGAGUAAAUCUUACUUGGUAUGGACUACCAUGUGAUUCAGAAGACCUCUACCAAGAAAGAGCACGAUCAAUCCUCGCACAGCCAGAUGGAUGGGAGCUCGUUGCAACAUGCAUCACCCAUCGCACAAUGAACACCACGUACGCCGAAGGCCCGCUGGUCUUCAAAGCAAACCAUGGGGAUCCUCGGGGCAAAGGCUUCUACAUGUAUGCAGACCAAAAGUGGGCUGGUUCGCCAUCAGGAGAAUUCAUGGAAGAGCAGUACCAACCUUACUGGACCGCGGAUGUUGGAAAGCCAGACUGGCGGCCAAUCAACUGGACGCAGAAGCCUGAUUAUGAUCUGUCACUCGGCGUCAUUCGACACGGCCACAUCUGGUCUCUUACUACCGCUGAACAUGCAGCCCUUCGCGGGGCAAAUUUACUCUCUAUUGAGAUAAUUCCCCCCAAGAAGCGCUUCUACAGAAUUGGCGAGUCUCUUGACCUCGAGGGCAUGGUUGUAUCUGCGCGAUACUCGGACGGUAUCACAGAUGACAAGUUAUUUGAGGGUUAUGGCGGAUAUUCGAUCUCUGGCUUUGAUUCCCGCAAAAAAGGCAAGCAAGCAGUUAAGGUCUCGUACUCUGUGGUUGAUAUUACCAAAUCAGCCUCGUUUACUGUGGCAGUGAAGUAUUGA